GCGUGGCGCACGCAGCACUGUAGCAGAGAGUGCGCCAGCUCCGCGCCCGCUCGGCUCACUCGCUGUUCUGACUCACGUCAAUCACCGUGUUUACCGAAAGCGGUGGUGGUCGCUGCAAGUGCCCUACUUACCUUAUAAGGUGCUAGUUUUGAAACGAGUGUGGUGGCGCCGAGUGCGGGGCGGCGGUUGCCUCGGCAGAUGUCGCGCACUCGGCACGCACCGUCGCCACCAUGUUCGCGUACGAGCCUCCCGCUAAGCUGCGCCUCACCACCCUCGAAGAGUUCCAGGAGGCAUUCCAGCUGUUUGAUUCGCGUGGUGAUGGUAAAAUCCACGUGGCGCAGAUCGGUGAUGCGUUGCGUGCGCUUGGCCAAAACCCCACAGAGUCAGAUGUGAAAAAGUGCACACUGCAUCUCAAACCAGAUGAGCGCAUCUCCUUUGAGGUUUUCUUGCCCAUUUAUCAGGCGAUCUCGAAGGCGCGCAGCGGCGACACCGCCAACGACUUCAUCGAGGGCCUGCGCCACUUCGACAAGGACGGCAACGGGUUCAUCUCCUCCGCGGAGCUGCGCCACCUGCUCUCCACCCUCGGGGAGAAGCUCAGCGACGACGAGGUGGAGCAGCUACUGCAGGGGCAGGAGGACUCGCAGGGUAACAUCAACUACGAGAAUUUCGUGCACCUCAUCAUGCAAGGCUGAGACCUCGUGCCUAUUGUAUUUGAUACUGUUAAGUGCAAC